AUGGCCCACUCCAAGGAUACCACCAUCGCGUUUGCGUUCGACAUCGAUGGCGUGCUAAUGAAGGGCGUCAAGCCGAUUCCAGGCGCACGUGAGACGAUCCAGAAGCUUCAGGACUUGAAAAUUCCCUUCAUCUUCCUCACCAACGGCGGGGGGCUCACCGAGGAGGCGCACGUCGCCAAGCUCGGCCAGCGCCUCGAUCUGACCUUCGACAAGAGACUGUUUGUCCAAUCUCACACCCCCUACCACGACCGCGUCGCCGAGUACGCCGACAAGACGGUGCUGGUGCUCGGCGGCCACGGCCAGCAGAUCCGCGACCUGGCGCACGCCUACGGCUUCAACAAGGUCGUGACUCCGUCCGACUUCUUCCAGGAGUUCGAACACAUCCACCCCUUCCCCGAGAUGACGCGGGCCUACCACCUCGAACACGGGCGACGCCACAAAGCACCGCUGCGGGACACCAAGAUCGCCGCCAUUUUCGUCUGGUCGUCGCCCCGCGACUGGAUGCUGGACAUGCAGCUCGUUAUCGACCUGCUGCUGUCCAGGGGUGGCUAUAUGGGCACGCGGUCAUCCAAGAACGGCGACGCCUCGCUGCCCAACUACGGAUUCCAGCAGGACGACCAGCCCAAACUCUUCUUCUGCAAUCCCGACUUUGAGUGGGCGACACAGCACGAACAGCCGCGCUUCGCGCAGGGCGCCUUCCGCGAGGCUCUCUGCGGCCUCUGGGCGCACGCCACCAGAAAUAAAGCAAAGAUGCAGUACAGCGUCGUCGGCAAGCCGACCGAGGCGACUUACAUCUACGCCGAGGGCACGCUGCGGGACUAUCACAGCGCGACGCACGGAACCGGCAGCGACAACGACAACCCGGAGCGCAGGAUCGGUCGCGUCUACAUGAUCGGCGACAACCCCGAGAGCGACAUCGUCGGCGCCAACUCGUACGAGAGCCGCUGCGGCUUCGAGUGGCGGAGCGUGCUCGUCGAGACGGGCGUCCACGUCGCCGGCACCGUGCCCAUCCAUACCCCCAACCACACGGUCCGCGAUGUUCGCGAGGCUGUUGAGUGGGCGCUCGCGGGCGGCGAGUGUGGGAGCAAUGUUAAUGGCGAGGGUGAGGAUAGAGAGGAUGGCGCCACGGAUGGGUCGCGGUCUUCGGUCAAUGGCGAUGUGAGCGGCCGCAGCAGCAGCAGCAACCUGUCGGCGGUCGGCACGUCUGAUACGAGCAAUGUGUCGGAUUAG